GAAGAACCAACACACACACACACAGCUAAAAGAAAAGAAAAUUGGUCUGACAACUUUCAAAUCGUCCAGUAUAUUUGCAGCCUGGUAAUUAUUCAGCGUGAAAUACUAAAAAAAAACUAUGACAAAAAGAGAAGAGGAAGUUCCAUCAGUGUCUGUCUACAUUUUCUACUUUUCUAGUGACGGUGAGAAAGAGCUCUGGCUGUACACUUGUUUCAACAUGGUAAGAGUCUCUGUUACUGGACUCCUGUUUCAACAUGGCUCUCAACACUCCAACCUGGUAAUCAUUCUACUCAUGACUACAGGGUGUCUGGGUCAGGACAACGGGAGUGUGACUUACACCCCCAGGAGAGUCUGCUCCUUAGAGGGCUCUUCUGUGACCAUGCCCUGCUCUUACACGUUUCCCAAGGGUCACAAAGUCACAACAGCUUUCUGGUUCAAAGGUCAAGAGCCUGGUGCUGAGUCUCUGGAUCUGAAUUUGAACCCUGAGUACAAAGGCCGGGUGGAGUAUCUAGGGGACAGUGACCAACUCUGUACACUGAGAAUCACAGACCUGAGAGAGAGCGAUUCAGGCACCUACAGCUUCCUGUUUGGGACUGACGUCAAUCCUGGGGGAUGGAUGGGGAAUCCAGGAGUAAGGUUAAAUGUGACAGGGCUCCAUGUUGAUUUGACCCCUGACCUAGCUUUGGACGGCGAGUGGGCAGACCUUACCUGUGGCUCCUGCUUCUUGAGUGAAAAUCCCACCUACACCUGGUACAGGGACAAACAGCCUUUGACCUACACCAACAAGGUCAAGGUUAUGGCCAACUACCUGGAACUAGACCCGGUAGGCAGGGAGGAUGCAGGCAGCUACUCCUGUGCGGUGAGCGGCAGAGAGGAUUCCCCUGGUCCGGCAGUGAUCCUUGUAGUGGGAUACUUCCCAGAGAACACCUCAGUGUCAGUCACAGUCAGUCCCUCUGGUGAAAUAGUGGAGGGCAGAUCAGUGACUCUGACCUGCAGCAGUGAUGCCAAGCCACCAGUGGAUAAAUACACCUGGUACAAGAAGAAUAAAGAACGGACGGGGUUCUCAGAAACAGGAUCAGGGCAGAGUUACAUCAUCCUUAACACCAUCAAUGAGGACAGUGGGCAGUACUUCUGUAAGGCUGAGAAUCAAUACGGACCACUUGACUCUGCACUUGUGCAUCUCAGUAUAGCAGGUAAACCAGUGUUUCUCUGGGCUCCCGUUGUGGGGGUGGUGGCUGUGUUGGCAGCUGGAGCUCUCCUAGUCAUCCUCUAUGGCACACUGAAGAAGAGGAAAGCCCCAAGAGGAAUGGACUUUGGAGGGGAGGCACAGAUGGUACCUUGUGGUAAACCGACACACACGGCGCAGUCUGAUGACAUGUACAUGACUCUGAAUAAAAGGACCAUGUCUCCUGAGUAUGACACGCUGGCUAAUGUCAGAAACACUGUUGGCUGAAGAAGACCAUCUGGCUGAAGAAGACCCUAUGGCUGUGACCUUUUGAAAACAUAUAACCUUUUGAAACCAUAUAACCUUUUGAAAAUGAUUAAAAAGGGUAUAAUUUUUAAGUGA